GCAGAUGAUUUGGUGCGCGUGGCGCGCGUGGUGCGCUGGUGCGCCGACGCGGGAAUAAACCGCCUCACGCUGUGCGAUCCGCGUGGCGAUCUGCUGCGCUCCGUCGAUGCAUUGCGCGCUGCGCUCACGAGCCAUUGCACCGCAGCGGAUUUGGGCGCGGACUUAACGCAGCCAGCAGCAGCAGGAAGCCAGACCGCGGCGGCGCCUCGGAUGAAGCUCGGAGUCGUCUCGCCGCAGGGCGGCAGGAGCGAGCUGGUCGACGCGGCUCGUUCGCUUUGCGUCAGAGCGCAAGCCGGUCGGGUCAGCCCGCGAUCGAUCGACGAGGGUGCGGUGGACCGUCAGCUCGACGUGGAUGGCGUGCAGCGCCCCGAGGUCGGCCUCGUCCUCCAGUACUGCCACGAGGGUCUGCUCGGCGGCCUCCUACCCUGGCACACACGCAUCGCCCACUUUGUGCACAUGGGGCGGCUGAGGCACGCGACCGAGCCCGCGCUGCACCGCGCCUUGCACGAAUACGUCUCUCUCAACCAGCGCCACGGCCGGUAACUACUCCGCGAGACCGCGUGCGCUGCCUCAAGGGCGCCCACAAGGGAAAAGUCGGCGAGAUUGACACCGGGAAGGACGGCAAGGUCAAGGUCAAAUUUGAUCCCAUACCCCCUUCUACGACAGGAGAAGUGUCGACAUUGUAGACUGCGGACAACUUCGGGAAGAUGUAGAUUAGGAAAGUGACCGGGUCAGAUUUGUAUCGGAUUACGGCUGGGUGUUUUCUUUU